AUACUGGAGGCGCGAUUCGAUGCCUUCAAGUUUCCCACUUCAGACGUCGUUCAGUUCAAAGCACUGGUCGCCCCGUGUCUGCCAUCGUGUGAACCAAUUAAGUGUAAUAUCAACGGAGCCGACGGCCGGACGAGUGAAGUGCACUCUUAUGGCAAACGCCGGAGGAAGAGAGAGGCCGACGAAGUAUUGGUCGUCCAGUCGUUGUCAGUCAGCGAUAAGCUUGGGUUUCAAAGAAGUCAACGAAAGAAUGACGCGAACGAAGAAAAUGUUUCAUUUAUGAAGGACGAAAAAGUGAUGGAAAUAAAUACAUGUAAAAACAUAUUUAGCAUCACUUUAAUUGCAUUGACGUUUAUAUUGGCGCAAACCAUUCUCAUUGUGAUCUUUGCCUGUCUUUGGUCCGCCAAACGCCGAGAACGAGUGUUGGCCAACAGAGAGUGGCCUCAAUCUCAUCUGAUAUCCAAUGAAAACUCGUAUCCAAGUGUUUGCAGCAAUGAAUUCAUGUAUCCGGCGAGAAAACACUACUAAAUUACAACUAAAUUACA